CUGCCAAGCUGCUACAUCAACAUUAGCUGUGCUGCACCCUUGUCUAUGUGGGUGUAUGAAAUACAGUGCGUGGGAGGAGGUAGGAAGGUGGAAGAGUGGGUAUAAAAGUGAGCUGGAUACCGGCUCAAACUGUUGAUGGUAAAGUCAGUCAGUCAGUCAGCUUGGUGAAGGUAAGCUUGCCUCUGUAAUUGCACUUCCUCUUCCAAACAGUCACUUUCACUUCCGCACAACACUUUGUAUCACCCUUUUAAUCCCUCCAUCUGUGCUCAGGGCCUCUGCUCUCUUUCACUCCUGCUGAUCACUCUGUGUAAUCUAUAUUUUCAACUUGUCUUCCGGAAGUCUUUGUUUAACAGCCACACACCCACCCAGCCACCCAGCCAGCCCUUCUCCUUCCCUCACUCUCCUCUUCUCUGCCUCACCACUUUCAUAGUACAUCUUCUCUCUCAUUUGCAUUUGUUCCGCUUCCUCGUGACAAGAAAUGAUUCUGUCAAAGAGCUGUGCAAGAGAAUCAGAGUGGAGAAGAGCACACAGUCUGGAUGUCAGAACAGACUGAACUGAGCGGGUACACUGAGGAUGUGACCGUUCAAUGGAGAAGACUUUUCUAAACUGGAUAACUGUUGCUGAUUGAAUUGCAGAGCAAGAAUGUAAUUAGAGACCUGGCACUAGUACAUCACGACAGCAGCAGUGUUACCAUGGAGACUGGCAAGCCAGGACUGGCGCAUGCUCCAGUGCACAUCAACUCUGUAGCAGCGCAGACAGAAAAAAGGAUGGACAUCCAGACCCCUCUGACGGCUGUUUACAUCCACACAGUGCCUGCUCUACCAGCACAGCCUUACCCUCAGCCUCCUGCAGCUGCCCGGGAACCAGCCACACUUCAUCUGGCCAUGCCGCCACUUUACUCCAAGGAGACUCUUCCUUUUCUUACACUCCAUAUUGCUAGUGGGCUGCAAUCUCAACCGGGAUUUAGUCUGGCAGCUGCCUCUCCUGCAGUUAGAUCCAAGUCUUCAGGAAAGCAUGUGUGUCCUCACUGUGGACGGGACUGUAUGAAGCCGAGUGUGCUAGAGAAGCAUCUCCGCUGCCACACCGGGGAGCGGCCUUAUCCCUGCACUACUUGUGGAAUUUCUUUCAAGACUCAGAGCAACCUCUACAAACAUAAGCGUACUCAGGCUCAUGCCCGCCUCUCAUCUGAGUCGGAACAGAGCAGCCUGGGCAGCCUAGAGAGCAUGUCCAGCUCCAGAGAGACUUGCACCUCCAGUUUGUCGCUGGAUGAGAGCAGCCAGGAGUCAGGCAGCAGAGAAGAUGAGGCCACACAACCUGCUGCUGAGGUCAACUGUCCAGCCAGUCCUGCAAUUGUCUGCUCUGUAAAGAUGCAUGCUGCUGUUGGUAAACAGAAUGAGUUGACCCCUACAGAUCACAAGACCAAAGAGCCAAAUGAAAGUGGAAAAGUAACAACAAAUGGGGAAAAACAGAGGCCAGAGAAUAAAAAAACCCAGCGAACUGCCAGUCGACAUCUCCCCCUUCAGAGACAGGAGGCCACUCUGUUCUCCAAUCAGUGGGAGAGCUCUGUAGCCAGAGGGAAAUCCCAGAGCCAUGAAAGCACAGACUCAGGCUUCAGUGAGAGCAGUGACCACAACCCAAGCCCUGGCAGCAUUUUACCUGAUCACAGUAUGGAUUCUCUCGCCGAAUCCACCAAGGAGCAUGUUGAAGAAACCACCAGCACGCAAACACUGUCACAACCAGUCCAAGGUGGGCAGGAAGCCAAAGACACUGCAAGGAAGCAGAAGCAUGAGACAUUGGAGGAACGUAUAUCUAAGCUGAUUUCGGAAAAUACAGCUGUUGUGGAGGACAAGCAGCUGGAGAAUGUAAGGCCAAGGAAGACAGUUCUGUCAAAACAGGGCAGUAUCGACCUCCCUAUGCCUUAUACGUACAAGGACUCCUUUCACUUUGACAUGAGGAUCAAUAAGGCUCUGAAUGUUGGGCUCCAAAGAAACAGGAAACCUGGCUACUACAGCUCUGUGCCCACUCAGCACUCCACCACCAUGGAGCAUGCUCCCUUAACCCGAAGCAACUCCCUCCCUUUCAGUGUUACCCUCCUGCAGCCUGAGAGGAGCAGCCAAACCUCUUCCUUCCAGAGUGAUUAUGGAACACUUGUCCGGAGGGGAAGCUCUGGCCAGAUCAAUCCAACAGGUUUCACAAUGAAACCUGUGAACCAGCAGUCAUCCACCCACCGCCCACUGGUUCGGCAGGCAGCCGUAGACUGCAACCACGCAACAGAUGGUCUCUUCAUGAAUUCAUCUGUGGAGGAGGCGUCCACUGGCAGUCUCAGCUGCGAUGGGGACGGUGGUGACAUUUGUGGAGCGCCAAGCAAUAGAAAGUUCCGCAGGAAGAAAGCACAAAAGUUUGCCUACAACAAGUGGUACAUGUAUGGGGGAGGGACGUUUAAGAAGCUCUACACUGCAGAGAAAGGUGUUGAAGACAAUGUUAUCAAAAGCAGGAAAUGUUCAACGAACCCAACGCAUGAGGCUGUUCAAAAGAGGCCGUCAGUCCACAAUGAGUCAGAGGCAACAACAAGCUCAACAAUGAUCUUUACCAGCAGCAGUACAACAGUGUAUCGUCGAGACUACCCUAAUUCCAAAUUAUCCCUUGGCUCUACUGUGGAUCUAAACUACUCUAAACUAAAUCUAAACUCUAAAACCAAGCAGCUUCAUACUCCAGGGAGCUCUCUCAAGAGCCCACUCCCAAGAAAUCUGUCUUUGUCAAUAUUACCAUUACCUAUAACUGAAUCACUGGUUAGCAACAAAACAACCAGUAUGAGCAGAGCAGAGGAUGUGAGACUGACAAAUGAAGAUACACAUACUGACUCCAGCUUGCAGCUCUGUGAAGCCCAUAUUCCCUCUGACAGGAAAAAGCAGAAAACAGAUGACAAAAUAAUUUGCAACCUGGAGAUGGAUACUAACCCAAACACACUGACUCACUUGCCUUCCUCUGUCACUGGUAGUGCACCUAAGGAUACAAAUCUCAAUUAUAUUAACCCUGGAAAAAAUUUAAAACAUACUCAAGUGAAAGGAGCUCUCUUCCCACCGUGCAUAAUCAAUGCAAAUCUAACACCAUCUGUUAGCACCUCGCCAGCCACUUCCACCACCUCCACUACGAAGACCAGCUUUCUGCCCAAGUAUCAGCUAAAGUUACCCAGUGCUCCUGAGCCCCAAUCAAAUCCUUCAUUGCAGGCUCUGGAUAUACCAACAGGGGCUGAUGGCUGCAAUAUCAUCUCUUCUCUGUCAUCAUCUCACAAUGAGCAAACAACUUCUGAAAAAAAAUGUCCUGAUGCGGUUACCUCACUGUUGAUGCAGAGUUGUGAUAUUAAAAGGACAAAUGCUCCCACAUCUACUCUGGCUGAGGUGCACAGGCAAUUUGCAGCAGCCACAACAACCACAACCUGCAUACAAGGUUAUCAAGCAGGAUUAUGCAGCACUUCAAUGCAGCACUCAAAAUCUGGAGGAGGCUUAGGAGCUAUGCAGAUACCCAGACCUGUUGCACCCGUGGUUGCAAACUUCACUGCAACACCUGCCGUAACCACAGCAAACAGACAUCAGAUAUCUGCUGCCACCACUAUAGCUUUCUCACAAGAUCAGCCUCAGCCUUACUCUACUCUCUCACACACUCAACUCUCGGCAGCCUCAGACCAGUUAAGUCAUGUAAAUGCCAGCUCAAAAGCCCCAGUCGUACCGUGUCAGGUCAUACCGUUUGACCAGAUGCAGCCAGCUGCUCAGAACGUGUUUCAUGUUCACACAGCAGACCUCCAGAUCUGCCUCCAGAUCAUAUCUGACGAGCAGCUGGCUCUCAUUGAACCCCAGAUUGAGAGGCCAGAAGCUAGCACCCUCUCACAGAGACAUGGUGUGGAUGCUGUGAUCCAGAAUAAAGCUCAAAGCUCUUUCACCGUGGAAAGUUUCAAAGGAAGUGACUAUCAACCGUCAAGACAUCAGAAAGACUUGGACCAAAAUGAGUCUUUGCGCACAGUGAACAUGGAGGGAAUAAAACCUCCACUUUCUGUACAAUUUAGAAAAGCAGAGCCAAAUCUCAACAGUAAUUCUCAGGCUACGGUAUCUGCUGAAUCAAAGCCUCCCGAAGCACUUGGCUUGUCGCAACGCCCACAUGAAUACAGUCAUACAGUCACAGAGACUCAGAGCUGUAUGGGCAAUAUAAUGUCAACUGCUGCUUCACUCAAAGGUGUAAAGUCAGGAGGAAGUCAAACUUCAGAGGAGGAACAUGCCCUUUUCCUCAAUCACUGUGUUGAUGAACAACUUUUGCUAGACCGGAGGGUCAGCCAAGGUGGAGCGGUCUCGCAAACACUCUCCGGCCAACACAACCUCAGCAGGAACUCUCUCUCUCUCAGCACAGUAGAUCAAAAUAACACGGGAAUUGAAAUACUGAGAAAAGAACUAAAACUUAAAAAUCAAGGAACCACACAUAAUGUAGGCAUAAUGAAUGCCAAGGGUGAGGUUUCUACGCACAAGAGCAGCAAGUCACAAGGUAGAGAAACCCAGAACAUUCAGUCCUCCAGUUCUGCAUGUGCUAGUGCAGUUUCUUCAUUUUUCAUCAAUGAAUGCAAAACUCUGCGACCGCUGAACCCACAAGUAUCAAUCAACUGCAAUAAUCUAGUGGAAUCUACAUCAUCAGAGGGUCUGAAUUCAUCUAAAAAUGCAGACAUGGGAUGUGACAGAGUGAGCCAUAUGGACAAUUCUGACCCUUCACAGGAAAUGUCCCUAGGUGACGUAAUCCACUCAGCCCACUCAGACAAACAACUUGGUCAAUUUGCUUCAGUGUCUUCUAACAUCCAGGUGGAGAGAUCCAAAGACAUCCCAUCUAUGUGUAUACGUAUUCAGAGCCCUACUACAGGGCUCAUGGAUGGCGACUCACUGGUGGGAUGUGCAGCCCAGAAGGAGCUGCAGACACUGGGACAUGGAGGGACCCCUGGGCAGCCAAACAGCACAGAUAGGAGGCCAAAGCAGAGUCAAGAGGCUGGAGCAACAAACCAUGACUGCAUGGAGGGUCAGAGUGGGGGAGGGUUAGUGGGAGAGGAUAAGAAUGAAGGAAUUAUGACAGACAAGGAGCCAGGACAGUGGGACAGGACCAUAUUUAACUGCAGAUACACAAGUUUACAAGACAUAACAAAGACUGAGGGAGAAGACGGAAAGGCUAAGGUGGAUUCCUUGAAAAACUCUUGGCUAUCGGCGCAGCAUACACAUCUUUCCCAGGGACACACUGGAAUAUCUGAGUCCCCUCAACAUACGAGCCUUUUCAAUUCACCACAGCCCCCAACAGAAGUGAGCAGCUUCUAUUUCUCACAACAACAGUGGGAAAGUGGCAUCAUCCAUGACCAACAAACACAUGUCUGUUGUGAAAAAAUUUCAAGUGAGCUCAUGAAAGAAGAGGAGGCACAACAUGCUUUUUCACAAAUUGAAUCUAAGCCUCAACACACUCAAACCUGUUCACAUAAACAGACCAACAUCGAUCCAGCUUUUCAAAAAGGAAACACCACUGCAGGUAACAAGGUCACAGCAGUAAGCUGUUGUACUAAAUUAACAUUAGGAAGUCACAAAAGUCUCAUUCUUGAUGUCAAGACAGCAUCUUGUACACACCCCACUCAAGUUUCUUAUUCUGCUCAAGUCAAUAGAGCUACUGCUGGAUUAAAAGGAGCGGGACAUGAAUCAAACAACAACUUGCUGGAUAACACUCUGCUGCCGUCUAAGACUGUCACAUACCUACAACCUACUGAUUACCAGGACACCAAGGCUAAGCCACCAAAUGAUGACACCAAUCAGAACAGCAACUCUGGGAGAUCUGACAUUACCAACCCUAACCCUAAAUACCAGUCUUUUCUCUUUGCUGGCCAGUUUCAUGGCUACCAGCCAGCUGAGUGUCUGGGUGUCAUUGGAAUAAGACCUGUUCAAAGCUGCCAGGAUGACACAGAAGAUACCAGCAGUAGUGAUGAUGAAGGGAAGUUAAUCAUUGAGCUUUAGGUGAACAUACACAUAUGCUAUUUGGAGCUUUAUCUACUGUAGAUAUAUAUAUUUUCAGAGGCACAAUUGCUCUGGAGGGAGAAAUAAUGUCUAUGUAUAGUUUAAGUUGGUGGACAGAGCCAAAGAACUACAUGUGUAAACUCAAAUUAUGUUGAAAUAUGAAUGAGAAAUGAACUUUUAAUUACUUCUCAUAUCUCACAUUACAAAUAAUACAUGCAAACGUAAAUUGUCAACUUUUGAAUUUUAGCUAUGAUUUUUCACUCUGUCAAAAAGAACCACACAAAUAAAUAAACCAGUCACAAAACAGCUGCAAACUUAUCAUAGCUGGCAGUUACAUCCAAAUAAUCCAAUAAAUGAAAAGUUGUAACAACAAAGUGGUAUGAACACCAUCGCCUCUUGACCUUUUUGUGGCUAUGUAAGAUUAGGAAUAUAAUGAUGGUGGUACAAAGUAGGCUAAACUUUGUUUUAGUGCCAUUCAUAUAUCUACUGUAGGAAUCUAAAGCUAAUGGAUGUGGUUGUUCAGUAAUACUUAUUAUGUGGAGAAAGCUAAAGUCAUCAACAUCCCUUGUAAUGUUAUGUCUUCAUAAUAAUAAGCCAACAACAAGACAGCAUGGCUAUAUGACUACAAAGUAGCUUCUUCCCUCAGGCUUUCAGACUCUGCAAUGAAAAAUAGUUUUAAUGUUAUUACAAAUUAUUUUACAGGAACUCCACCCCAUUGAUGAGAAUAAAGAAUAUAGAAACAGCUAAACUUCUCACUGAACUUCGUGUUUGGUAAUGUAGGUCUUACAGAGACAUCAUUUUUAUAGAGGCAUCAGUAUUAAACUGAGACUGUUUCACAGUUAAAAAAAAUCCUUGUUGUAGGUUCACAUACUUACCUAGUGU